AUGCCACAACCGGCACAAUCUCCAGCAGGCACAGGGCCAAAUGCUUCAGGGAAGAUACCAGUGCUCAACAACAUCGCUCCUAGCAUCUUUGUGCCGCUCCAAGAUGACCUGCUCACGCAAGAACCGCCACGCGAUCGAGUUGAGCGCCUAAAGAGGAUUCUCCAGACCAUCGACUACCAGAGGGAGGGCGUCAAGGAAAACCUCCUCUAUAUGUUCGAACGGGAGAAAACGCGGAUAGUCAUGGAAGCUGCCGAGAUCGAAAAAGCACAACCGCCGCCCAGUAUCAAGCCGGGACUGGCCCUCAGCGAGAUUGACGACAUUAUCGCUAACAUGGAGGCGCCAGCCCAGCCUGGCAGGGACUACAAUGUCCGGGACGUGCCCCUGCCGGUCCCCAUGAUGGUACCUCCCAACGCGUCACUCCGGGAUAAAACGGUGAUACAAUUGCUCAAUGUGGUCGAGCAGGGUUUGGGAGAACUGGAAGGGUUUGAAAAACACAUGGCGGGGAUCAAGGACCGCUACCUCGGUGUCGUCAAGGUACUAGCGAAGGUCGCAGGGUGUCUCUUGGUGGAAGAGAGCCUGAUACUUCGUAGAAAUGUGGCAACCGGCGGUAAGAGGCGUUGCUCAGCGAACCUGAAGAGCUCUCACAUGCUUCCAUAA